AUGGAUUACAAGAAAUGGAACGCGCAAGGGGUUGCUUCAGUAUUAACUUCUGAUGAAUCUUUAGGUGGUGCUGGUUUGACGGUUGAAAAGGUGAAGCCUUUGUAUGAGGCUGGUUUUGAUGGCUCAUCUCUCCACAACAUUGUUGGGGAUAUCAAGAUGGAUGGUGUAAAGUAUGCCAUUGAUCAACUUCAAAGUACUUAUAACAAGAGUAGCGUUUCUCAACUUUCCAACACUUACGAAACUGUUGUUAAUUGGAUACAAGGAGGAGCUGGUUUGACGUCAAAACAAAUGACAGAUUUGUAUGACGUUAACCCUGGGAUUGAUGGGGCAUUUCUUUACAGUAUGGCACAAGCCAAAGGUGAAUCUGUAAUUGAUAGCCUUGGAAACAACGAUGUGAGCCAGGAAGUUGUAAAGUGGAUUAACCUCAUACAUAAUCGCAAGUUAGUGGUACAAUUGAGAAGGCUUGACGACAUUAGUUUGCUCUUCAGCAAAUAUGCUCCAAGAGAGGCACCAAAUCCUCUGGUUAAGCCCAUUGUUAAUAUUCCAUUCAAAACCAAUGACCAGUUUGUUGCCGAUGUUUCUUAUUGCUUUGAACAGUUACUAGUAGCAAGGGACAAACAAAGCAUAUCUAUUCCAUUUCUUGCUUGUGGUCCAGGAACUGGUAAAUCAAGAACUCUUCAAGAAAUUUUCCCACUUACAAAACCAGGGCAACAAUUCAAAGACAAUAGCAUUAUACUAUUAACUUCCUUUGGUAAUGGUUCUGCCAUAGACCCUGAAACUGAGUUUAGUUAUGAGAAAGCCUUAUGUCUGAGAAUUUUAUACUCCUAUCUCAAAGUUAAUGAAUUUAGGGCAUUCAGAGAAGAAAAUAAGAACAUUAAUUGUACACUCUCAACAGUUUUACAAGCCAUUGCACACCACUUUAAAACCACUAAUAACAAAAUGAAUGAAAAAGUCUAUAUCUACCUGGGUAUUGAUGAGUUUACAGAAUUGCAACGAUUAGAAUAUGACAAAGUAGAUAAUUUAAGCAAAGGAGUGCAAAAAAGAACAUCAUUGUAUGCAGUUAUCACUUUACUUGGUAGUUUUAUCCAAAAUUAUAACACAGGUAGCAACCUUUCUCUACUGCCAAUGCUUGGUGGAUUAGAUUAUAACGCUUUCGCUGUUGCCUCUGGCCAUUCACAAUACGGAACAAGUUAUUUCACUCCAUAUCUUUUUACUUCUGAAGACAUAUAUUCUAUCACAAAAGAACACCUUCCUUCGCCAAUCAUUUCUUCAACUUCAUUAUGGAAAUAUUUGGCUUGUGUGAAUGGACAUGCAAGGACACUAGAGUGGUUCCUUGCAGAAUUGAAAAAAAUUGACCUAUCACAUCCAAAAUCACCUCACACUAUAAACGAUGAAAUAAUGAAGUGUUAUAAUAGAGCCAAAGAGCAGUUUGCACAAAGAAAUAAGCAUGUAACAUUUAACAAAGAAGUGGCGAAGAAAAUACUGGCAUAUGUGAUCACAGAACAAACUUUCCCUUCAUUUACUAAUGAAAUUAUUCCAGGUGGCCCAACAUUCAAAGCGCUAGAAGAUGGAGGGUAUAUCCGUUUGAGUAAACACUCCGAAAAAGACCAAUGGACCUGUACAUCCUCUUUACCCAUGCUUGAAAAAUGUUAUGAAGGAUUAGAGUCCAAAUCUAUAUUUAACGAUCUUUUUAAAUAUUUAUUAGAGACACCAAAAACUGUAGAUAGAGAUUUUGAAGUUUUUAAUUCAUUAUAUGAUUUAGUAUUGAGUCAAUGUUAUAGCUUUUUAGGCAGAAAAGAAAUGACUGUAUUUGAAAGAUUUAAAGGUGUCAAAAUUGUGAAUGGAAAUU